AUCUGAAACGAAAUAAUAAUACAUUAGCUUAUGAACAGUACUGUGGUAGUGAAAAAUUAGUGACUUUUCAAUUGGAGAAAAUAAAAUUCGCGCUUCAAAGCCGCGGCGAAAAAAACGCGUCCACUCUCUAUACUGUUCUGUUGUCGAAUUUGAAAAUCAAUGAAAAAUGAACGAUAUCAGCACGAGUAAUAAGGAAACUGUCCUUCCCGGUCCCUCUGCAUGGGAACAACUAACGAACCCUGCUUUGGCUGAACAGCAUCAACAACAGCAGCAACAGCAACAACAACAACAGCAGCAGCAGCAGCAACUACAACAACAGCAACAGCAGCAACUUCAAAUACAACAGCAGCAGCAUCAACCUACACCCCAACCGCACCAACAACCGCUUCAUCAGCAACAUGUGCCCCCUCAACACCAUCAAAUGCACCACCCUCAUCAUCUGCAAGGAUCUCCCCAUCCUUCUCUACAACAUCCGCUCACUCAGUCACCCCAUCCACAUCCGAACCAAACUCCCCUGCAUCAAGCCACAAGUCCUACAUCUAGCGUGGCACCAAUGACCCCAACAAAAACCACUCCACCGGAUGUAUCCCAUACACCACAAACUACCCCCGGUCCCAACCAGACACCGGGACCGAGUUAUUCCGAAGAAUUGCUCCCAGAGCUUGUAAAUCAAGGUUGGCGCAAGUUCUGGUCAAAAAGGGAGGGACGUCCCUACUUCUGGAACAAACUAACCGGUGAAUCUCUUUGGGAACCUCCGAUGCUUAAUCGGGGCACUCAGCAGUUCGAUCCUUUAACGGAUCCACUUGGAAUUUGUCACACCGGUCAAAAUGGGCCAGCACCGCAACAGAAUAAUAACGCACUCAAACGAAGAGCUUCGGAGGAUAUUCAAAAUCAUAACCAGCAACAACAACAGCAAGGAACUGGUGGUCCUCCGCCUCUCAAAAAAUAUGUUUUGCCUGGCCCAUGGGACCUGGAGAUCCCGACUAACGUUGUAAUGUAUGACCGCAUUCCAACAAUGUAUCCGCAACCGAGCCCUGAAGUGGAAGCCAUGCGCGGUGUUCUAACCGUACGGCUAUACAAAACCUACGAGGAUCUAUGUACUAAACGUGAAUCUAUCAACCCUCCUGCAGGGUCAUUCAAUCGCUGGCUUAUGGAACGGAAGAUAAUUGAUAGAGGUUGCGAUCCUAUGCUUCCCAGUGUGUGCCAGCCGGAAAUCUCACAGCAAAUGUAUAGAGAAAUAAUACGGGAUAUUCCGAUUAAAAUCGUCAAGCCAAAGUUCACCGGUGAUGCUCGAAAGCAGCUUUCGCGGUACUGCGAUGCCGCAAAGAAAAUCGUUGAACGGCGAUCCGCCUCGGUCGAGAGUAAGAAGGUUGUAAAGUGGAACGCUGAGGAAACGUACGAAUGGUUGCGGAAGACCGUUGGAGCAAGUUACGAAGAUUUCCAGGAUAGGUUGACUCAUUUGAGGCGACAGUGUGAACCGCACAUUAUCGGUACGGUUAGGAACAGCGUUGAACAGCUUUGCAUGAAGACUUAUCAUUUGUCGGCACAGCACAGUAAAGCGAUUCGCGAACGACACAGUCAAAUUUUGAAGGAAAGUGGCAUUCAGGAAUUGACACAGCCACUGCAACCACCGUUAAUGCGAAAGGUAUGGUGCUACCCAGUGCAGUUUGCUAUUCCAUCGCCCCGGAUGCCCCAAAUAGAUUACAACACCGACAGGGAGCACAUGACCAUUAAAUAUACGCACGCGUCCCUGCCAGGACCCGAUACGCACACUAUCAACAGUUCGCAUUUGCAGAAAUUGGAGCAAUUGUAUCGCUACAACUGCUUCGAUGACAAAAAGUUCGACUUCUUCAUCGGACGGGUGUACUGCAUGUUGAAGCGCUACUCAACGUUUCUGUGCAAUGUCAACUACAACCAGCAGGAACCGGAGCUAACCCAAUCGGCACUUCCGGCAGUGGUUUUCGAGUGUCUCCAUCAGCAUUUUGGUGUGACGUUCGAGUGCUUCGCCAGCCCAUUGAACUGCUACUUUCGGCAGUACUGUUCGGCGUUCGGUGAUACAGAUUCGUACUUUGGCUCGAGGGGUUCGUUUCUCGAGUUCAAACCAGUGUCCGGUUCGUUCCAGGUCAAUCCGCCCUACUGCGAAGAGUUGAUCGAUGCUACGCUCCGGCAUAUCGACCGGUUGCUGACGGAUUCGGUGGAUCCGUUGAGUUUCAUAGUUUUUCUACAGGAGUGGAAAGAACCGGCGUUACAGUGUCUCUCGAAAAUUGAGGAUAGCCAUUUCAAACGCAAGCAAGUUGUGGUAAUGGGAAUGGAGCACGAGUACCGCCAUGGGUUGCAACACUGUAUACCAAAGUCGGAUGUAAACUUUAAGAGCAUCCAUGGUACGAUGGUGGUAUGGCUGCAGAAUAAUGCCGGCUUUCAGCGUUGGGGUCCAACAGAGGCCCGGGUGGAUGCUCUACUAGAAGCGUUCCGUCCGGGGCGUGAGCGAGAGCGUGACAAAGUAGUACCUGCGAGCGUUGGUACUCCGGCUACGGCUAACAGUCCACCGGAAACUCCUGGUAAUGCAAACAGCGAGCCCGGUUCUACAACACCGAAAACACCGCAAACCCCAACUGCUUAGGCUUCAAACCCAUUCUUGUCUUUUUUGGCAGUAACGUAAUUUCAUUUGUUACAACAAGCAACAAACCCAUAGAUUAACCUAGAAGACAAAAUAUUAAUAAUCAGCCAGUUUCACCCAGUUUUUCUCAGCACACAAACACAUUCUAAGAAUAAAAGGAGGGCUUACUGUAAUAGCCGAAAAGUAGCUUGCAAAUUAUGACGCAAUGAUGGUAGAAAUCGAACCAUGGUCCGUUUCGAUGGCGUCAAUUUUUUAGCAUACCUUCAGUCACAGCUCUAAAGCGUAUUUUAAUCAAUUGUAUAGCGGAAUUAAAAAAGUGAAAACCUUUUUUGUCUAUCACUGAAGAGUAGGCAAACAAAAACGUAGUUGUACUAUUUGUUGUUGAAUCUUUUUAAAUCGAGUCGAGUAUCGUGCCCCGAACGCAGUUAGGAAACUCUCUUCUAAUGACACAUUAAGUUAGUGCGAUGGCUAAGCUGAGUGUACAUCUAUUAUCUAGGAAAAUUGAGACACGAUAAAUGAGUAAAAUCAAAGUUUGAAGUAAGCAGAUACUCGGUCCAGAGUUUGGAGAUUUCUUUCCGGUCGAAAGGAACGAUAAAAAAAGUCUUAAAUGUGGCAAUUUGUUAUUUGUUUUCAAAACAUUUGUGGAGAUUUUUUAUAUUUUAAUCACUUUAUUUUAUAUUAAAAUGUAAAUAAAAACGUAUAUUUUUACUACUAAUGGCAACCACAUGUGUGUAGCUAUUAGUAAAGUUAUAAAAAACAGGAAACAAAAUGCGACCAAGUGAACCCUCUAAUAGAGCUAAAUGAUGGCAAAAUAAAUAGAUGUUCUCAUAUUUUUCUUGUUUUUCAACUUCAGGAAUUACUUUCUAAUGGUUUUUCGAUGUAGUAAUGGUAUCUCGUUGAGAAAUUAUUUGAUGUACAAAUCUAAUCUAAUAUUAUAAAGGGGACAUUAUCCAAAUGUUACGAAAAUAUAAGCAGAAAAUCUGAAAGGUCUCAGUUAAA